CCAGGCACUCAGCCCCUUUGCACCCGCCAUGCACUCUCCAUCAAAGAGAUCCUCCAAGCGCAGCAUGGCUCCGGCAGCCACUGGGCUCUCAAAGCCCACUGCGGCUCCCGUGGCGCCCGAGGCUCUCGCCGCCCCCACGGCUCUGGCAGCCACUGGGCCCUCAAAGCCCACUGAGGCUCCUGCGGCUCCCGUGGCUGCCGCAUCUCCAGCCUCCUUGAAGAUCACUAAAGCACCAGUUCCCACCAGUUCCUCAGUGCAUCCUAAGUCCCCUAACUUGUUUAUGAGCCCUAGCAGUUCUAAGUCUACCAGAGCAACAGGUGCCAAGACCCAGCCCAGCAGCAAGACCCAAGGCCGCAGCAAGACAAGAACAUCCAGUCAGGUGAGCACUGAUACUAAGGCCAGGAAGGCCAGCAGGGGCAGGAAGGGAGGCAAGACCGGAGUCAUGGGACAGUAUCAGCAGAGAGACACGCACAGCCGGGGACGAACUCCAGGCAAAAGGGGAAGCCAGAGCUCUAAGACAUCCCCGAACAGGGCCAUCACUCCUAACAGGAAGAGAACCCAUUCCGCCAAACCAGGAGUGGCCAAGAAGGCGAGGACCCCUACUUCCCACCGCAAACAAAGCCGAGGCAAGAGUUAUAGCCGACCUAGAACCAAUGCCUAUGAAAGGAGUGACUACUGGCUUAGAAACAGGCACAGGACAAAGAGCCCCAAGCUGCACGGAGCCUUAGACACUGAACGUGUAGGCUCUAGGCUACCUGCAAUGCCCAACAGGGCCAAGAGCCACAGCCCGACUAGGACGGUCUUUGAGAACUUUCACAAGUCUCCAGUGGCAUCCAGGAGAGCCAGGAGCUACAGCCAGCUGACUUCCCCCAGCAGGGAACAGACUCACACCCUCACUGAUCUGACUCACACAUCAGAUAGGAUCAAGAGCUACAAGCAGGCCAGAAGCCACAGCAGGACCCAAAGCCUCAGCCGCUCUAGGACCCCUAGCAGGACCCGAAGUCACAGCCGCUCUAGGACCCCCAGAAGGUCAAGAAGUCACAGUCACAGGAGGACCCGGAGCCAGGGGAGAAGUCACAGCUGGAAGAGAAACCACAGUAGGGCAAGAAGUCGUACCCGGAGGGGCACGCCCACCCAGAUGGGACAAAGCCAGCAGAGCACCCACAGCAAGGAGAGAAGUCACAGCCCAAGGAAACCUCUAAGAAGGGAAAGAUGGUCUAGGACCUCGAGUGAGGAAAAAAGCCACAGCCCAUCCAGAAGUACCAAGGAGAGAAAGCACUGUCGCUCAAAAACCACCAAGAAGAAGGGUCACAGGCGGUCUAGAAUAUCCAGUCCUGAGAGUGGGAGCAGCCAGUCUAGAAGUCCCAGCAUAGACACAGCCCACAGCCUGUCUCGAACUCCCAUCAAGAAGAGAGCACGGAGCAGAUCCCGAAUCUCCAGCAAGGAGAACCAGCGUGGCCGCUCUAGAACCCACAGUAGGGGUAGAGCCCUCAGCCAAUCUAGAACUUCCAGCAAGGACAGAGAGCCCACCCAAGAUGCAACCCCUAAGAGCCUCCAUGGGAAGCCAUCUCCCACCAGGACAAAGACUUCUAGUCAGAAAAGAACUGGUGGCAAGGCAGGCAGCCACUCCUCAACACAGCUUCCCAAGGAGGUCCAACCCCAGGAUGACAACUUUUCCAAGACUGCUACUUCUAAGGUCUCCUCACCUGGGGAAAGGUCUUCAUCAUCUUCCUCCAAGCUGGCGUAGCCUCCAGUCUCAG